CGCGGGGGAAGGGGAGGUGCUUCCAUUUCUCCCCAGGCAGCCUCCGGCAAACCGGCCGCCGUUGCUUUGUGCGCGAGAAGCGGAGGCGGCGGCCGCUGCGUGGAGUCCCGGAGCCGAAUUAAAAUGUCAUCUUGGGUUAAGGUUACCAGGGGUCAAGUUCAGAAACCUAUUGUGGAUAAAAGGCAUAGACCCGGAUGGAUUCCACGCCUUCUGGACAUAAAUCCUUAUAGACCAUACCAGAAAAGUCCUUAUUCUCCCCAAGAUGGUUAUUCAAAGGACUUUGAAGAUCUGAAUAGUUUUGAAGAACUGUUUGGACAACAGUAUGACUAUUCAACAGGAAAUGAAGAUUACUAUGAGAGAUAUCAGUAUUCCCCAAAAGCAGGUCCCAGUCUGCAUGAGACCCCAGGGAUACCCGGAAGACAAGAGACAGCAGUGGCAGCCCAGCAGCCAGGUUCUUCCAGGCGACAGGAUCCGGAGCAUGAAUCCUCAGCAGUGGAAGUUGGCCCAACCGCCCCUUGCUCACGAGAGAAGUGGAGAACAGCAAGGGCUGCAAGUGUGGUCCCCCCGGCAGGGGUAUCUCCUUUGCCGGUAGUGGAUGAUGACUAUACCAGGGAUGAUCGUAGGGAGAAGCUAUACCUACAGUUUUACCAGCAGAUACAGAAAGAGUAUGAUAAAGAAAGACCUUCUGACUGUAUCAUUGUGGCCAUCAGCAAAGAACAAACGGAAUAUGCAACAGUCAUAGGCCAUCGGUUGCAGGAUCAUGGCCUUGUGGUGGAAAUGAUAUACCUUACAUCUGAGUUGGGUCUCACACGCGCCCUCCAAGAAGUUAAAAAUGAUGGUUCCCCAUUUUGUAUUCUUGUUGAACAGUCAAAUGUAGCACUUUCCUCUUGCACCGUAAUCAUGCUUCAUGAGUCUAUCAAAAUACACCGUAAUAUGCCCAUGGAGGAUGCAUUGGCUCUGGUAGUUAAAGCAUUUGGGAAAAUUUUUGCUGAGCGUGAGCAGCAGGAGCGUGCCGAAAUUUCACACAAAGCAGCUGAUCUGGCGGAUGACUACCUAGAACGGGAGCUCUAUGGGAGUUACAGUGUGCCUCUAGGCGUUAGACAUCUCCUCUUUCUGUUAAGUGAGGGAAAAUAUUUAUAUCGUGAGGAGUUGAACUCAAUAAGUGACUACCUGAAGACCAGGAAAGAUGAGCUUGAAGCCCUUGUUGAACAAACUGAUCCUUCAACUGAAGUUGAAGACACAUUGUAUCAAGCAAACGUGAUGCCAAGUACAAGCACUGCCACCCAUACCUUAAGUAAACCUCCACCCCUUCUGCCGACACCCAACAGGAAUGUUCUUUUAGGCCAGUCGCCCCUUCCUCCAGCUAAACCUGCAUUGUUGGGUGAUAGGCCAUCAGGCGCUCUUCUUCCAACACCAGGGAUGUCUGGUGCAAAGGGUAAACCUCCACCUCUUCUCGCAGCACCUGCUAAAAGACCUGGUCUUCUAGGAUAUUCACCCCAUCAGCCUGCAAAACGACCACUACUUGGAGAGAAACCUGGACUUUUGCCAACACCAGCUGUUCAUGUUAAACCUGUGCAACACCAACGGGCAGCUAAACCAAAGCCUUUACUUAACUGAGACGACAUCACAGACACCAGGACUAAUAAUGGAAUACGUUAAACCUGAUGGUGGCAUCCCUCUUCCAAGCCAGCAGAGAGCAUGAUAAACUUGUAUUGCUAGUGUCCGUACACCCAGACAAACUUCAAUGUAUCUCAUUUUCUGUAAUACACAUUCCGAUGGGAACUUUUUAAAAUUUCAGGGCGCUCUUCUGUUCAAACAAAAUUGGUAUUUGUGGAAGGUCAGUGUUGUAGAUUCAUGGUCUUAUAAAUUAGGAAUUGUUUAAAUAGAUAUGGUCACAAAAUAAACUAUUUGUUUUACACAACUUA